GCGACAACAACAGAAGCUGCUUUUGGUCACACGUCUUGCGCUCGAACGGGGGAAACGUCCGUCACACACCUGGACGUUACCUGACAGCAAUCGAUAUGGGCGCCGUGGGCUCGAGCGCCGAGGACGUGGACGAGCGCGAGCCGCUCCUCGUGCCGUCUCACGCGGACGCCGCCGGCCCGCCGGCCCACAGCCGCGUGUACGGGAGGAGGUGGCUGGUCCUCAGCCUCUUCUCGCUGCUGGCCUUCAUGCAGGGAAUGGUGUGGAACUUCUGGGGUCCCAUCCAGAGCUCCGCCGCCCGCGCCUUCGGCUUCACCGGCUCGGACAUCGCGCUGCUGGUGCUGUGGGGCCCGGUGGGCUUCGGCCCGUGGCUGCUGUUCAUGUGGCUGAUGGACAAGAAAGGUCUCCGGGCGUCCCUCCUCCUCUCAAGCUUCUUCAUGCUGCUGGGCUCGGCCCUGAGGAGCAUCCCUCUGACGGAGCUGCCUCUCAGGAGAUGGCUGAUCCACGGAGGUCACUUACUGAACGGUCUGGCGGGCCCUACCAUCAUGAGCGCCGGCCCCUUCCUCUCCACCACGUGGUUCGCCCCGGACCAGAGGGCCACCGCCACGGCCGUGGCCUCGCUCUUCUGCUACCUGGGGAGCGCCGCCUCCUUCCUGGUGGGGCCCCAGGUGGUGCCUGCCCCCAAUGUCACCAAGGCAGCGGUUGCCACGGUUUCCGACGCGUCCAUCCGAGACCGGAUCCAGCUGGUCAUGUACGCAGAGCUGUCUGCCAUCGCCGUCCUCUUCGCAGCGGUGCUGCUGUAUUUCCCGUCUCGCCCCCCUCAGCCCCCCAGCGUGGCCGCCGCCAGCCAGCGCCUCAGCUACCGGAGCAGCAUCUGCAGACUGCUCAGCAACGUGCGGUUCCUGAUGGUGGCGCUGGCCUACGCGGUCCCCUCUGGAGUGAUGGCUGGCUGGGGGGGGGUCCUCGACAUGGUCCUCACGCCAGCCAAAGUCAGCCAGGUGGACGCGGGUUGGAUCGGUUUCUGGUCCACCGUGGGUGGCUGUGUGUUUGGAGUGGCGAUGGCCAGGUUUGCAGACUCCAUCCGGGGGAUGCUGAAGCUGAUCCUGGUGCUGAUGCUGGCGGGGGCCUCCCUGUCCUCCACCUGGUUCACGCUCACCUGCCUGAGCUCCUUCACCCACCUCCCCUCCACCGCAGCCAUCCUAUACACCUCCUGCAUCCUGGUGGGCAUCUUCAUCAACAGCAGCGUGCCCAUAUUCUUCGAACUGCUCAUUGAGACCGUGUACCCGGUCCCUGAAGGCAUCACCUGUGGGCUGGCCACGUUCCUGGGGAACCUGGUCUCCGGCCUGCUCCUCACCUUCCUCACCUUCUACUCCACAGAUGUGUCCUGGCUGAACUGGUGUCUGACAAGCUCCUGCCUCAUCAGCCUCUUCCUCAUCCUCUUUUUCCGGGAGUCCUACGACCGCCUCUACCUGGACGUCUUUGUGGCGGUGUGAAGGCUGAGGCCCCCGGGCCCCCGGCCCGUUGGACCCCCGCACCCUGGGAGCACAUUAACGAGAGGACCGGCUGCACACAGGAAAGACUAAGGGAACGCUAAAUCCUCUUUUUACGGUUUUUAAUUUCUUUUAUGGGAUUGUACUUAUGGUAACCGUGGCAACGGGUGGACGUGGACCUCGCACGCUGACGGUAGUCGUUGUUUACAGACGUUGAAAGCUGACUCAGAUCAGCGAGCAGGCGGUCGGACCUCCGAAGUGACCUUUUUCAUGUUUUAAUAAUGUUCUUAUGCAAGUGGAGGUCUUUAUUCCACUAGAAGAAGGGAUCAAUGAAUGACAACAUCUUUAAAUGUAACUUUGUUUUGUACAGACUGUUCUGAGCCAGUAUUUAUAGAAAGUGCCCCCCCCCCCCCCCCCCUCCAGCUGACUAAUACAACCCCCCGAGGGAAGAAGACGAAGAAGAAGAAACCUUCCUGAUGUUCUCUCCGUGUUGGUUUGUAUCCUGUGGCCUUAAUCUCCCUCGUGUGGGUGUGUUUGGACACGCGUGUGCACAUGUUGCUCCUGUAGGACUCACUGUGGUUGUGAAAGAAAAGGACAUAAAUGUCUCCAGCACCUUAAUAACAAUAAACACUUCUAGAUGUGACCUCUUUAACGGACACGUUUGAGUUGAGCUUCGACUUUGUUCAUAACGUCAGUGGAAACCAGCGGGUGGCGUCACCAUGACGACGCCCUCCUCUCCGACUAUUAGUCAUAAUAAAGUUCUCUACAGCUUCCAGGAUUAUGAAAAACGAGCCGACGUUGACGUGGUGCCUCAUCACAGGGAACGAACGCUAAGGUCAUAAAGAGCUCAGUCCUCCUCCAUCGCUCACCGGGUUCAUUCUGCACAAAGUAGAACCAGAUUCAAGGUCGUUUGUCU